UACCCCAUAUCUCUGUAACAUUUACCUUCAACACAGAAACAUUGAGUAUGGAGAUCCCUGUGAUAGAUUUUAGUGAGCUCAAUGGGGAGAAGAGGGGUGACACAAUGGCCCUAUUGCACAAAGCUUGUGAGCAAUGGGGGUUCUUUAUGGUUGAGAACCAUGAAAUUGACACACAACUGAUGGAGAAGGUGAAGCAGUUGAUCAACACAUACUAUGAAGAAAAUCUGAAGGAAAGCUUCUACCAAUCUGAGAUAGCAAAGAGGUUGGAGAAACAUGAGAAUGCUUCUGAUAUAGAUUGGGAAAGUUCCUUCUUCAUCUGGCAUCGCCCCACUUCGACCAUCCAUGAAAUUCCUAACAUCUCUCAAGAACUUUGGCAAACAAUGGAUGAGUACGUUGCAGAAGUGGUGAAGCUGGGAGAGAAGCUAUCUGAGGUAAUGAGUGAAAAUCUUGGUUUGGAGAAGGAUUACAUGAAGAAAGCAUUUUGUGGAGGUGAUGGAGACGGUGCUGCUGUGGGAACAAAAGUGGCAAAGUACCCUGAGUGUGCGCGUCCAGAGCUUGUGAGGGGACUGAGAGAGCACACAGAUGCUGGUGGAAUCAUUCUACUGCUGCAAGAUGAGAGAGUGGGGGGUCUAGAAUUCUUGAAAGAUGGCGAAUGGGUGAAGAUUCCAGCCUCCAAGAACAAUGCCAUUUUUGUGAACACGGGUGAUCAAGUGGAAGUUUUGAGCAAUGGGUUAUACAAAAGUGCGGUGCAUAGGGUGAUGGCUGACAAGAAUGGAAGCAGAAUCUCCAUAGCCACCUUUUACAACCCCAUUCCAGAAGCCAUUAUUUCACCAGCUCCUAAGCUCUUGUACCCAACCAACUUCCUUUAUGCUGACUAUUUGAAGCUCUAUGGCAGCACCAAGUUUGGUGAAAAGGGUCCUCGAUUUGAAUCCAUGAAGAACAUGAACAAUAACGGAAAUAUUCUGGCUUGAAAGUUGAAACUAUAGUAUUUACAUUUUGCAUACAAAUAUAUAUAUAUAUAUAUA